AUGAGCAUCGAGAUCCCGCCGGGCCUCACGGAGCUGCUGCAGGGCUACACGGUGGAGGUGCUGCGGCACCGGCCGGCCGACCUCCUGCGCUUCGCUGCCGACUACUUCACCCGUCUGCUGGAUGCCCGCGACCAGGAGGCGGCCGGUGACGGCCGGCUGAUUGUCAGCUUCGAUGGGGAACCCAUGCAGACCGAGUCCAACGGUGACGAGGAGCCUGAUCGCGGCGACGAGGACUCCGACUCCGACUUCGAGCCUCCAGUUAUUAACCGAUACAACAGAAGAGUAUCAGUUUGUGCUGAAGCUUUCAAUCCAGAUGAAGAGGAAGAAGAUACAGAACAAAGGGUAGUUCAUCCAAAAACCGAUGAACAGCGGCGCAGGCUGCAGGAAGCGUGCAAAGAUAUCCUGCUUUUCAAAAACCUUGAUCAGGAGCAGCUGUCUCAGGUCCUCGAUGCCAUGUUUGAGAGGAAGGUGAAACCUCAGGAACAUGUGAUUGACCAAGGUGAUGAUGGUGACAACUUCUAUGUUGUUGAGCGGGGACUGUAUGAUAUUGUUGUAGCAAAGGACAACCAGUCACGCUGUGUAGGCCGCUACGAAAAUCAUGGCAGUUUUGGGGAACUGGCAUUGAUGUACAACACUCCUAGAGCUGCCACCAUUGUUGCCACAACAGAAGGAGCCCUUUGGGGACUGGAUCGAGUGACAUUCAGAAGAAUUAUAUUGAAAAACAAUGCCAAGAAGAGGAAGACAUAUGAAUUAUUCAUUGAGUCUGUGCCCCUUCUGAAAUGCUUGGAGGCAUCAGAGCGAAUGAAGAUAGUGGAUGUCAUAGGGGAGAAAGUGUUUCAAGAUGGGGAACGUAUCAUUUCUCAGGGUGAUAAAGCAGAUUGUUUUUACAUUGUAGAAUCUGGUGAAGUGAAAAUCUUGAUUAAAAGCAAGACUAUGACGAGUCAGGAAGCUAACCAAGAAGUGGAGAUUGCCCGGUGUCACAGAGGGCAGUAUUUUGGAGAGCUUGCACUUGUUACCAACAGACCCAGAGCAGCCUCUGCCUAUGCUGUUGGGGAGGUCAAAUGUUUAGUCAUGGAUGUGCAAGCAUUUGAGAGGUUGCUUGGACCCUGCAUGGACAUUAUGAAGAGGAAUAUAACACAUUAUGAGGAGCAGCUGGUGACAAUGUUUGGCUCUAGCAUGGACCUGAUGGAUCCAGGGAAUUAGGCACAGGGUACCUCAGUGCCUUCUUAGUUCAAGACACAGAAAAGCCUCCUAUCAGCAACACAACUCACAAGGAAAACGGACACUACAGAACAGUUACUGCUGCUGUCUUCUUGGGCAUUUUAGAAACAAUAAACAAG